UUCAUCUUCUUCCCCCUCACUCCAAGAAACAAAAACAAGAACAAAGAAACCUCACGAAUCAUCGUCUCAAGAACCUAACAGAUUCAAAAAAAGAUUCAAGAAGAACUAACAGAAAAUUUCAAGAUUCCUUAACCGAGCUUUUUCAAGUGCCGACCGUGUAUUCGAGGUCAGAACCUCUGUUAUCGUCAGGAUCUCUUGAAUGGGUGUAUUAUUCUCCUGUCCCUUCGCCGAGCAAGAAGACGUGGAGUCUGCUCUAGACUCCAUCACAGUCAAGUCCAUAACCUUAGGCGAAGACAACGAGUGCAAAACUCCAAAGAGAUCUGUCAACUUCAAUAACAAAACUCUAGAGCCCACAAUCUUGAAAGGAUCUGGUGGUAAGAUGGUCGUUGAAAAGUCCGUUAGCUUCAAAGGGAUGCAGCUGGAGAGAAUGAUCUCGCUCAACAGGUCUCUCUUCAAAGAAGAUCACACCAAAGAGAAUGGCUUACAUGAGUUGGGCAAUGGCAUCUCAGUUCUUGAUCCGAGUAACCCUAAACACGAAGCUGCUAUUAAGUUACAGAAAGUUUACAAGAGCUUCCGUACUAGGCGAAAGCUCGCGGACUGCGCAGUGCUUGUGGAGCAAAGCUGGUGGAAGCUUUUGGAUUUUGCUGAGCUUAAGAGAAGUUCUAUAUCAUUCUUUGAGAUUGAGAAGCACGAAACCGCGGUUUCUAGGUGGUCUAGAGCUAGGACUAAAGCAGCUAAGGUUGGUAAAGGUUUGUCAAAGAAUGAAAAGGCACAGAAGCUUGCUUUACAACACUGGCUUGAAGCGAUUGAUCCGAGACAUCGGUAUGGACACAACCUGCACUUUUACUACAACAAGUGGCUUCACUGUCAGAGUAGAGAACCUUUCUUCUACUGGCUUGAUAUUGGCGAGGGGAAAGAAGUUAAUCUUGUGGAGAAGUGUACUCGAUUAAAACUUCACCAACAAUGCAUCAAGUACCUUGGUCCGAUGGAAAGGAAAGCCUAUGAGGUUGUUGUGGAAGAAGGCAAGUUCUUCUACAAGAACAGUGGAGAAAUGCUUCAAACUUCUUCAAUGGAAGAGAGUGAUUCAAAGUGGAUUUUCGUGCUCAGCACGUCGAAAGUGUUGUACAUUGGGAAGAAGAAGAAGGGUGUGUUUCAACAUUCAAGCUUCUUAGCCGGAGGAGCUACUGUUGCUGCAGGGAGAUUAGUUGUUGAGAAUGGUGUUCUCAAGGCUGUUUGGCCACAUAGUGGACAUUAUCAACCUACUGAAGAGAAUUUCUUGGACUUUCUGUCUUUCCUUGGAGAGAACAAUGUUGAUAUCACUGAUGUAAAGAUGAGUCCUACAGAUGAAGAUGAGUUCUCUAUUUACAAUCAGAGAAGCACUCAUAUGAGAAACCAUUCUUUGGAAGAGGAUUUGGAGGCUGAGAAGACUGUGAUGGCUGAUCCAAGAGAGGAAGAAUCAACAACGGUGAUGGCUGUUGUAGAAACACCAAAGAAGAUGGAAUCUCUUAGUACAUUUGACUUAGAACAAGAAUCAAAGCCUUCAGAGGAGAGCUUACCCAGAGGAGGAGGAGAAGAAGAAGCCAAGGAGAGUGAAGUAGUCAAGAUUCCAGAAGAAUCAAUCCUAAAAAGGAUAAACUCAAAAAAGGAAACUAGAUCUUUCCAACUUGGGAAACAACUAUCAUGCAAAUGGACAACAGGUGCAGGACCAAGGAUUGGUUGUGUGAGAGAUUACCCAUCAGAGCUUCAGCUUCAAGCACUGGAACAAGUCAACCUGUCCCCGAGAAGUGCUUCUGUUUCAAGACUCUACUUCUCCUUUUCCUCUCAAAGGCAAAUGCCUCGGAUGUCACCGUUAUGGCGUGGAAUGUCAUUACCUGCAGAUAUCACACAAUUAUAACUGAUGGAAAGUUAUUGAGAUCUGAUCUAUUCUUUUUGUGUGAAUAGAGAAGAUAAUGACUUAGAAUUCUUUUGUAUUUUUUUUUUUCUCACCUUAUAAUGUAACA